AUGAUUCGUUUUGUGCUACUCGUUAAUAAGCUGGGACAGACCCGUCUCUCCCAUUACUACGACCAGGACAUACCCGAAUGCGAAGACCCCCGCACUAAAGUCGCUUUUGAGUCGGAACUUGUCCGCGUCUGCCUCAGCCGAACAGACGAAGAAUGUAACUUUAUACUGCUGGACAAUAACCUACGGGUCAUCUACAGAAGAUACGCCUCUCUGUACUUCAUCUUUGGAGUCGACCAAAAUGAAGUCAAUGAGCUUAGCAUCCUGGAAUUCAUACACUGCUUAGUCGAAACGUUUGACCGCUACUUUGAGAAUGUCUGUGAGCUUGAUAUCAUGUUUAAUCUUGAGAAAGCACACUACAUCCUAGACGAGAUGAUUUCCGGGGGAAACAUUUGUGAUGCUUCAAAAAGCGCGGUUCUGAAAGGUGUUGACGUGAACAUUUGA